AUGAGCACCAGCCCCGUCCCCCCGUGGGCCGAGGACGCCAUCGAAGACUCCACGAUGAACGCACAGCCGCUCGAAGUGUACAUGUACUAUGCUGCGAUCGAGCGCGCCCGUGAAGACGCCGACACGCGACCCGUCCCCGACAGUCCAAUCACGGUGCUGGUGAAGCGCGUGACGGGUCGGAAAACGCGGAUAGUCUAUCCCGACGGCCAGCCAAAGGACCAGUCCGGAGGGUGGUUGAGACGGAGACUGAGGAAGGCGGAACCGUCCCCAAGUCUGCCUGAGAGCGCAGUUGAGGAGAACAGAGACACGGAUACCAAGGACAUUGAGAACGUCAAAGCCGGGCCGGGACUGCUCGACGUCCUCUCCCCUCCAGAGAGGGCGAGCGCAUACCGUCUCCUCCGCUCCGCCAGCUGGCAGUUGGUGUUCUUCCUCAUCACAACAGACGUGUUGGGUUGGUAUACUGCUCCAAUGGCGUUUGCGCAGCUGGGAUACGGGCCCGGCGUGCUCGUGUACACUUGUUUCUGGGCGCUGGCAUUUGCGAGCGGUCAGAUCCUGUGGCGCAUGUACAUGUCCCUCGACAGCGAGCAGUAUCCCGUCAAGUGCUAUGCCGACCUGGGCGAGCGGACGUACGGUCGGUUCGUGAGGCACGUCUUCAACGUCCUCCAGUCGCUGCAGUUGGUCUUCAACACGGCCAUGCUUAUUAUCAUGAGUGGACAGGGCCUCGCCGAGAUCAUCGACUGGAAGUUCUGCUACCUCGCCCUCAAUGUCUUCUUCGCUCUGCUCGGUGCGAUCUUGUCGCAAUUCAAGACGAUCCGCGGACUGGGCAUCUUCACAGUCAUUGGCACGGUGCUCAACGUCAUCGUGAUGGUGCUGACCAUGGCCGGUGUCGCUCUCUUCGACCCUGUCCCGAGCCAGAGCGGACACUCGGACUUGAGCGAGCCCAAGAUCGUUGGGGGGUGGACACCCUCCUACUCGAAGGGGUGGUACGAGCAAAUCUCGGGGUGUAUGUUGGCCGUGUUCGCUUACGGUGGCGCAAUGAUCUUUACAGAGUUCAUGGCUGAGAUGCGCCGACCAAGGGAUUUCUGGAAAGCGGCGUUCGGAGCACAGUUCUUCUGCUACUCACUGUACAUGCUGUUUGGGCUGUUCGUCUAUUCGUUCCAGGGGCAAUAUACCAACAUCCUCCCAACGGUCAAUAUCGACAGCAUCCUCUUCCAGGGCCUCACCAAUAUCUUGGGCCUGAUCUGUAUCACCAUCAUCGCGGUCAUGUACUCCCACAUCGGGUGCAAGGUGUUCUAUCGCAACGUCAUGCGCGGAUACUUCAAGGCGCCGUCGCUUACUUCAACCAAGAGCACGCUGUAUUGGUCUGCAGUCGUGUGCGGAUACUGGACGGUCGCUUGGGUCGUUGGAAGCGCCAUCCCAAAUAUCACCGACCUCAACACCGUCGUUGGGGCGGCGUGUAUCCUCCAGUUCACCUACACCUUCCCGUCGGCGCUGCUUGUUGGGCAUUGGGUCCAGCGCGACGCGAUCAAGGGCGACAAUAAGUGGGAGCCAGGAAUCGAGCCGUGGUCGAACCGCCUCGAUAGCUGGCGCGACAAGAGCCGGUGGCGCCGCGGAUUCAAGCCAUACUGGUACGCCAAGGCUGCUCUUAUGGUGUACGUGCUCUGCGCCCUUGCCACUUGUGGGCUGGGCAUCUACUCGGGCGUCCAGAGUGCCAAGGAGAGCUUCCGCAGUGGGCGGACGACCAGCUUUUCCUGCCGCGCGCCCGGCCAGCCGGCGAACAAGUAG